GUCCAAGUCGCAGACGCGAGUUUCAAUCUCUGUGUUUUUAGAGGCUACUCUUGUAUGCUCUUUUUCCAGAUCUACAAAAAGCCAAAUCAAGACACCGAUGAGGCUUUUAGCAGAAAGAUUUAUCUGAACUACAGGAAUUUCAGGCAGUGUAUGUUGUAUGUUGCACAGAUCGAUUGCAUUCAAAGAGAGUGAAUUUGCCUAAUGCUAGAAAAUUAAGAGGGAGCAUUGUCGUGACUUGGUGGUAUCUACAGUAGAUGUUUUGAUUCGAUUAAAGUUGGAACUUGGACUGAAAAGUUUGAGAACCACGGCUCUAGUCUAAACUAACAUGCACCCAGGAGAACUAUGAAAUGUAGUUCAUCUGGUAGAGGAGAUAGUAGACUGUAAAGGCAAGAGAAAAAGUGAAAGAUGUUAAAGGACGUGUUUAGCUUUUCAAGACCUCCGUGGAAGUAUUACUUCUGAGAUUAUCAGCACUUUACUUUCUUCUUGAAGCAACUUUCUCCAAGAAACAUGGCUGUUUGGGUUAUUUUACCCAUUGUUCUGUGUGCUGUCUCAUUCAUCGGGUGCUGGACAGUAUAUGGACUUGCGUUACGUUUCAACCACGUCUGCUCACUCACUAACUGGGAAUACAGAAACUCAUGUCAAACAAAUGAAACGGGGAACUGCUGCACCCUGGAUAAUAUUCCCACCAUAAGCUCAAGUGGAGCGAAUUUUCCGGAAAAUUCUCUAUUCACAGCAACAAUCAAUGCUGGUUCAUUUUUGUUUCUGAUUUUCUGUAUUUUCCAUCAUGCACACAUCCUGGACAGGAACAAUGUUUAUUCUCUUCUCAGUAAGAUUGCUAUGAUUUUAGGCUGUGUGGUGUCUAUGGGUGCUUUCGUGGCUGGAAACUGCAAUCCAACCGAGCUGACGUUGCUCCAUUACCUGGGUGCUGCCCUGAGCUUUGUGUUUCUGUGUCUGUACAUGACCAUCUUGACCUUCCUCACUGGUAAAUGUGUGAUGACGGGGUGUGAACGGGUUCUCUACCCACUACGCAGCAUCUCCACAACUCUCCAGAUUUCUGCCACCAUCCUCUACGGCAUCUUCUUCAUCCAGGAGGAUUACUACUAUAAGCACAUCUCUGCUGUGUUUGAAUGGCUGCUGUCUGUCAAUCUGCAGCUCUAUGAACUCAGCUACUCCGCAGAGUUCUUCUUUUUCUCCUCAUCGAUGCUUUCAGUGCUUUUGACAAAGAAAGAAGAGGAGAAAUGUCUCAUUUUGUCUUAAUGUCGAAAGAAUCCUUCAGAAGAUCGAUAGUUUUCUUCAUUUUUCAAUCAUGGAUUCAUAAUAGAUGUUGUAACCUCAUUCAGGAGACAUUUGAAGACCUUUUUUUGUUUUUUGAAGUGGCAAUUUAUGAGGUUGCAAGCACUGGAUUUACUUCGGAGCAGGAUACUCUGAAUUUUCUCAGAGUGGAGCAACGGGCACUUUGAGCGUCUCAGUUGUUUUAGCACUUUUACUUCAAAAUACUAUGGCAUUCGACUGAGAAAAGCACCUUACAAAUACAAUAUUUGAUCUCAUAUCUAGAUUUCCGGUGAGCAAGAGUAACUUGGUUGGUGUAUUCAGCUUAAAUGAUUGUUCAGUGUUUACCUCACACUUUUAAUCUAAUCACUUCCCCGGAAAUGUGGAAUCAGCUGCUGGCAGGAAAUGUGUAUUUGUCAGAACUGAAAAUGGAAAGGUAUAAAUAGAAAAAGAUAAGAAUAACGUAGUCACAGGUUUAUCUCAAAUGGAGUUAUUUUGCAUUAUUGCUUAUAGUGUCAAAAGUUCAAUUUAGAGACUAGGGUGAAUUCAAGUAAACAGAGAACAUUAUAGAUGGAUACGUGGUUAAAUUUACCUGAAAUUACUAUAAAAAAAUAUUUAUUUGAAAAUGUAAUUUUAUAGAAGACAAGAUCAUUGUCAAGUUUGAUUCCAGAUAAUUUUUUAACAAAGAAUUUCGAUUAAAAAAACGUUAUUUCCUCUGAUAAAACAAGCAACAAAGGGCUAAUUACCUCUGUAUGGUAGUUUGUAGAUAUUUAUAGAUGUAUAUUCCAAGCUUUUCAGUGUUGAGAUGCAGUUAUGACAAGCUUAAAAACAGACUUUACGGGUUAAAGCCACAUUCACACUAAGAAUGAUAACUAAAAUGAUACGGAUAUAUAGUUCCCAAAAUCGUUUUAAAUACUAACAGAGUCUAAAAAACAGCACAGAAACAGUUCCAUUAGUUACGGUAAUUACGACACCCAACAGAGCGAUAUCUUCCACUUGUGUGGACGCUAUUACAGUUAUGGUUCUUCUUGGUGUGAAUGAGCCUUGAGUUUGAAUGCAACAACUUACAUGAAUCAAUUUUACUUAACUAUACUGGCAUUGAUGGUUCCAUAAAGAACCUUUAACAUCCAUGGACACUUUACAUUGCACAAAUGGUUCUUUAUUGUGGAAAAAUUUUGUUUAGCUUAAUAAUAAUGUUUAUCUUUACACUAAGAAAACUUCUCACUGAAAGGUUUGUUGAGGAACCUCCGUUUGAAACCUUUAUUUUAUUUUUUUAUAGGUGUAUGCUGAAAAGGGCAGAUGAGUUUAAUGAUGAGUAGCUCACUAUAAUCUAAAGAUGUAACUCCUUUUGCCAAAUGUCACCGGAUGUUUGACAGGAAUACAAAUGGUUUGACAACAUAAUGGCCAGGGUAUUAAACAUGCAAUGGUAUAAAAAGUUGUGUGGUUACAGCAAUGCAAUGGAAGCAUGAGUCGUUCCACACCUGCUCUCUGUAUUUCUGACACACCUCAUUGUGUUUAACUAAGAAAACCAUUCUUGCAUGUCAUAAUUCACCUGGCCAGGUGAAGAUUAUAUCGCAGUUUUUCUAUAAAAAUUUAAUUUGAUUGGUGAGGUUUACUGGGGCAAUCAUCUAAAAACUAGUUACUAAUGACAUUUUCAUCAUUGAACUAAUAUAUAUAUAUAUAUAUAUAUUUAUAUUUACAACCAUGAACCAUCCCAACCGUGAAUACUUUAAAUUGUUCUGAGAACCAAAUAAUCUGACAUGCCUUCAUUUAGUCUACUUUGUAGCAACUAUACGAUCUGAACUACUACAUGAUUGAGAAUUAGAUUUAGGGAGGAGAGUUAUAGGAACCUCACAUUCACAGUCAGACUGAAGGAGUGACUUUGAGGUUAUGUACACAAUACUGAUGCACAUUAAGAAAGACACUGAUGCAGUUUAGGACUUUGGACCUUUGUGUUGAACAAAGAACAAGCAUAUUUGCACUUCCGGUUCCAUCAUGCUGAAGUCAAUGGGUAUUUGUUUAAAUGCCUAAAUAAGGUUUGUAGUUAACACAAGCCAACACCGUCUCAUGAAAGUGCGUAUCUAUACCAUGAUUGUCAUUUCUCGUGACAUUUAUACGCCAAGAAUGGUUUUUGCGUGCAUAUGCUUCGCACUGAAAACCCCUUGGGUAGGUUUAGGGGGAAGGGCAGUGGGGAGUUCGUACUUGUACGUCAAAAAGCACGUACCAUAUACACGCAAAAACUAUUUUUGGCGUAUAAAUGGCACGAAAACUUUACGAACUUUUAUGAGAUCGGGCUCCACAAGCUCAAGAUAUACUCACAUUUUAUUUUACGAAAUAAAAUACAAUGCCCCACUUGCAAGAUUUUACUUGUUUUGGAUAAGGUGGUUGCUAACAAGUGGCUAAAUGGGACGACAGAGAAACUAAUUCACUUUCAAUGCGUUCUUGUGAACUAUUCGAACUUUCCAACUUGUAGAAUUCAAAUAAAGAUUGAAAGCUGUCAGAAGAUGUGGUGCUGUUGGAGUUGUCUUGUGACCGUGGUGUAGUAAAUACUACCUUUAGCUUUUUACUAUACUCCUGACUAUAUUUAGACUUCAAAAAGAAAAUAAAUGGUGUUCAUUUUUGAAGAUUAUCUUGAAGAGAAAAACUUGUAAGAAUCAUGAACUUAUGUUGAGCUUAUUUUCUGCAACAAUUCAAAAGGAAACCAGCUUGUAGGUACUUUCUUGGUUGGCCUACAAAAAUACAUCUCUGCAUCCAAAAUGUACUUUGUAACUAGUCACGAAGUAAAUUCAAAUUCAAUUGUAGUACCUAAUCAGACAGUAUGUGAUUUUGGAUGCAGCCAGCGUAUUCAUCAAGUGCCUGUUCAAAAGAUUACUUUGUGCUAAUGACAUCAAUUAACUAAAAGGAAAUGAGCAAACCUUUUGUAUAAAAGAGUCAAGAGAAUGAAGAAAUGGAAAAGGAUUCGAUUGUUAAUGCAAAGCACAUAACCUUUACUUUGAAAGAAGGUAAUAUACAUCCUGGAAUUACAGAUAAUAAAGAUACAUUAUGAGCAAAAUAAAUUCACAAUGGAUAUCCUCUCUUCUUUCACUGAUCCAAAGAGUGGGGCAAACUAGAAAAUGUCUACAGCGUCAAUGAGGGAAAAGGUGGAAGCAAACUUAAAAAAGCAUGUAUGUCCAGGCAUUCACUGAAUACACUGUAAAAAAGAAAAGGAAAAACAGCAAGCAGUAGUCCACAUUG